UGUUCCAAUCGACAAUAUGAUUAAUAUUUAAUUAAUUUAAUAAUCAUUAUAUGAAAAGACGUCAUUGACUGAAAUAAGGAUAUUUUGAUAGAUAUAGGUGUUCCCUCCCAUUUUGUCGUUUACAAAUACAAGGAAGGGAAACAUAGUCAAGGAAAGGCAUAUCAUAAAUCGACCACAACAUAUGCUAAAAUUUGGCGCUAGCGCCAAAAAUUAUAAAUAACUUGAAAUUUUGAACGAAAUAUUAUAUAUAUAUGUAAUUAUAAAUAAAUUAUUGUUCAAAGUAAUUACUAUGAACAUUGUUAUAAAGUACAUAAAACAACAUUUGUGAAAACAAUCGCCAGAUAAGUGUAAUAAAUUUAUAUGCUAAUUAACUGUGAAUAAGCAUGCGUUCUCAUGUGCUUAAUUUUGUUAAGCCCGCCUUUAUGGAAUUCCGUUCAUUAAACUUUUUGAACGGAGCGUACACGACAAUGGUUGACUGCAAAAAGUUGCGAACUCCAGUCGAAAUUUCUGAAAGAAAGUUUCAGGAUGCCUGCUCCAAAUUGCAUUCUUUGCGGUCUGCCAUGGCAGUUCGAGAGAAAGCUACAAAACAUGCCUAUCAUGAGGUAACGGAGACCAAAAAGCAAUUCCUCUGCUUAGGAAUGACAAUGGAAAAGUUAGAUCAGCUGUCUGUGGUCCAUAUUGCUGGCACAAAAGGAAAGGGUUCAACAUGUGCUUACACAGAGAGUAUCUUGCGGAACUGUGGAUACAAGACUGGAAUGUUCUGUUCACCGCACUUGGUUGAUUUAAGAGAAAGGAUACAAAUUAAUGGCCGCCAUCUUUCAGAGUCAACUUUUUCCAGAUAUUUCUUUGAAGUCUAUGACCGCCUACUUGAGUCAAUGAAAAACGGAGCAAUCAGUGAUAUGCCUCAUUAUUUUCAAUUUCUGACUUUAAUGGCAUUAUAUGUAUUCCUGAAAGAACCAGUUGAUGUUGCUAUAUUGGAAGUUGGUAUUGGUGGCCAGUAUGACUGUACAAAUUUCAUAAACACAGCUGUGGUGUGUGGCAUCUCUCUACUGGAUUAUGAUCAUGAACACAUUUUGGGAUCAACUCUUGAUGAGAUUGCUUGGCAGAAAGCAGGAAUUUUCAAGCAUCAAGUCCCAGCUAUUACUCAACCUCAGCAUCAGAAGGCAAUGAAUGUUCUCAUUGAAAGAGCACAAGCGAAAAACAAUCCACUGUACACUGUAUCAGGAAAUGUACCAGGUUUAAACAAAGACGCAACCAAUUAUGAACCAUUUCAACUUCUGAAUAUAUCAUUAGCAAUCCAGUUGGCUCGAGUAUGGCUAAGAGACCAUGAUCAAGAGAACUCUCGGAAACAGUGGUUUAGUGAUUGCAAUAUCCAAUUAGGGUCAACAAACCUACCAGUUCUUGAUUGUGACUUUCCAGAUUUCUCCAAAUUCACUAGAGGAAUUAAGACCUGUCACAUACCUGGUCGAUUGCAAAUUAUAAAACAUGAAUCGGUGAGUUUCUACUUGGAUGGUGCUCACACUGAGGAGAGCAUGAAAGCCUGUGCUGACUGGUUUCUGAAACAAUGUAAUCUAGAGAUGAAAUCCAAAUCAAGUACGAAGAUGAUCCGUGUUUUGAUGUUCACUGUAACUGGAGGAAGGAAAGUGAAAAAUCUCCUCUCUAUUUUAAAGGAAUGUUCAUUUGAUGUUGUAAUUUUCCUGCCAAAUCUUCAACAUAAUCCUAAAGUUAUUGAAGAUCUCAAAGAAUUAGCUACCCUGGAGAAUAUGGAACAUUGCAGAGAUAUGCAGACUGUGUGGUACAACCUUCAUCAGGAAAUUUCUGAAUGUCAGUAUAAGUCAACUCGAAGAAAUACAAUGGAAGCUGUUAGUAUUCUAUGUCCUUCUGUCAAUGAUGCCUUGUAUUGGUGUUCUUCAGAUGUUAAAAACCUUGUGAAGCCCUCAUACAAGUUGAUUGGUGUUCCUGCAUUACUCAGAGGAGCUGCUCAUAUUCAGCUUCUUGCAACUGGUAGUCUUCUCUUGGUGGGAAAGCUGUUAUCAUUUUUAAAUACUGAUGGGCUUUAAAAGUUAUGAUUUUUCAAAAAUAUAUCUGAUGU